AACUCACCGCUUUUGGUUGCCCCACAGUUUGGCCGGCGAAAAAAAAAAAAAAAUCUGCCCGCCAGCUGCAGACCCAACCACCAGGCUUAAAACCCAUAGAAGGCCCAGGAAAUCCUGUUUUUCCACCCACCUCUCCCUCUUCAUUCAUCUUCUCGUGGUAGACCAUUUUACUCGAGACUCUUCUUUUUAUACCCUUGUCUAUCAGUCUUCACAAUGGCCAAGUCUACCAAGGAUUCCAAGAAGGCCAAGGCCUCUGAGGCCCUCAGCGCUGUUAAGGCUGCCGGCGUCACCAAGCCUUCCCAGACUCCCAAGGCCAAGUCCAAGGAGCUGGCCAAGGCCGCUGCUAAGAAGGUCGUGAAGGAGAAGGAGUCCAAGAAGAAGAGCAAGAAGGUUGUCGAGCCUGAGUCUUCCGACUCUUCUGACUCCGACGACUCUGACAGCGAGUCCGAGGCUGACAACUCUUCCGACUCUGAUUCCUCUGAGGACGAGAAGCCCAAGGCCAAGGCCGUCAAGACCAACGGUGCUGCCAAGGCUAAGGCUGCUGCCUCUUCCGACGACUCUGACUCCGAAUCCGACAACGACUCUGACGACUCCGACAGCGACUCCGAGUCCGAGGAGGAGAAGCCCAAGGCUAAGGCUGCCAAGACCAACGGCGCCGCUAAGGCUAAGGCUGAGUCUUCUGACUCCUCUGACUCCGACUCCGACUCCGAGACUGAGGAGGAGAAGAGCGGUGCUAAGGUUGAUGAGAAGAAGACGUCCGACUCUGACGAGGACUCUGACGACAGCGACGACUCUGAUGAGUCCGAUUCCGAUGCUAAGACUGAGGAGGCUCCCUCCAAGAAGCGCAAGGCUGAGGAUGAGAUCGAGGAGGCCCCCAAGAAGACCAAGACUGAUGAGGCCACCACCCUCUUCGCUGGCAGCCUGAGCUGGAACAUCGACGACGAUGCUCUGUACGAGGCUUUCAAGUCCUUCGAGGGUCUUGCCAGUGCUCGUGUCGUUAUGGACAAGAUGUCCGGCCGCAGCCGUGGUUUCGGAUACGUCGACUUCACCGAUGGCGCGUCUGCCACCAAGGCCUACGAUGCCAUGCAGGGUCAGGAGCUCGACGGCCGUGCCCUCAACUUGGACUACGCCAACGCCAAGCCCGCUGAUGCCAACCCCCAGGCCCGCGCUGCCGACCGCUCCAAGAAGUUCGGUGACACCGUCAGCCCCGAGAGCGAUACUCUCUUCGUUGGCAACCUGCCCUUCGAUGUCGACCAGGAUCAGAUCAGCGAGUUCUUCAACGAGGUCGCCCCUGUCGCCAGCAUCCGACUUCCCACCGAUCCCGACACCGGUAACCUGAAGGGUUUCGGAUACGUCAGCUUCUCUUCCAUCGAGGAUGCCAAGAAGGCUCUUGAGGCCAAGAACGGUGCCCCCGUUGGCAACGGACGCAUGUCCCGCAGUGUUCGUCUGGACUAUGCCAGCAGCCGUCCCCCCCGUGAGGGUGGUGGUGGUGGGUUCGGCGGCGGCCGUGGUGGUGGUCGUGGAGGCCGCGGAGGCUUCGGUGGACGUGGCGGCGGUGGUUUCGGCGGACGUGGUGGCGGCGGCUUCGGUGGCCGUGGUGGAGGUGGUGGCUUCGGCGGUCGCGGCGGCGGUGGCCGUGGCGGCGGCCGUGGUGGCCGAGGAGGUGCCCCGGCCUUCUCUGGCACCAAGAUGAACUUCGAUUAAACGUCGUUCACGAGUUACGAAAACGAGGGCUUUCGGCUGGUUACCAUUACAGUGGGCUUUUGUGGGCUGUCCUUUCAAAACAAGUUGGGCUCCAUCGUGGAGCUGUGGGCUUUGAGAAUGCGCUUCAAGCAUGAAGCAAUGUCAGACCUGGGGGGCAAUUACACUUGGGGACCGUGGGCUCGUGGCAUCAACUAGAGGGCACCCAGAGGGCAAUAGAUGCGCCUCUGCGCUUUUUGAUCUUGGGUUCGGAACACAACUGUCGUCUCGACAGGAAACCAUGUGGGCUUCUGAGGGAUUUGUCGGCUCCUUUUGGGAAGAAUCUCCCGUUGUCUUGUCUUGUUGACAAGACUUCGGAGGGGACCAAGCUGGUUCGUUCAAUACUUCUGAGGGUCCUGGGGGCUUUUCGAUAAACGUCACUACGUGGACGGG